AUGUCACCAAAAACUGCUAUUAAUCAAAAAAUGAACAAAUCAUUCUCAUCAAAUUUAAAAACAAAAUGUGCCUACGAAAAUGAGCCGAAAUAUCAAGAUCAUGAAGACUUUGAAGAAACACCAACAUGGGCUGCUGUUGUUACUGUUCUUGGUUAUGCAAUUCUAAGUGCACUUGGUUGGUUAAGAGAUUUUCUUCGUCACAUUGGUUUUGAAGAGAAAAAAACUGCACAUGAUCCUAAUCCGAAAAAUUUUGUACCACUUUAUCAAAGUUAUGAAUGUUUUUAUACACGAAAUCUAUAUACACGUAUACGUGAUGUAUUUAAUCAACCAAUUGCUAGUGUUGCUGGAGCUAAAGUUCAUAUUAUGGAACGUAUUUCAGAUGAUUUCAAUUGGACAUUUAAGUUUAGUGGUAAAAAAAUUCCAUCGAUUAAUUUGGGUUCUUAUAAUUAUUUGGGUUUUGCGGAAAAUCAAGGUCCGUGUUCAGAACAAGCAAUUAAAUCUAUAGAAAAAUAUGGUGUUUCAACAUGUAGUACGCGUCAUGAAUUAGGUAAUCAACGAUAUAUGCAAGAACUGGAAACUUUAAUGGCAGAAUAUUUAAAUGCUGAAGAUUGUAUUGCAUUCGGCAUGGGUUUUGCAACGAAUGCAUUGAAUAUUCCUACAUUAGUUGGACAAGGAGAUUUGAUACUUAGUGAUAGACUAAAUCAUAUUUCAUUAAUACUUGGUGCACGUUUAUCUGGAGCUACAAUCUGCCCAUUUAAUCAUAAUGAUAUGAAAGAUUUAGAAUCUCAAUUACGUAAAGCUAUUAUUUCCGGUCAACCACGAACAUGCCGUCCAUGGAAAAAAAUCUUAAUUAUUGUCGAAGGUGUAUACAGUAUGGAAGGUUCAUUAUGUAAAUUACCAGAAAUAAUCGAACUUAAAAAGAAAUAUAAAGCUUAUUUAUAUAUGGAUGAAGCUCAUUCAAUUGGUGCCAUAGGCUCACGUGGUCGUGGUGUUGUUGAUUAUUGGAGAGUCGAUCCAAAUGAUAUUGAUGUACAUAUGGGUACAUUUACAAAGAGUUUUGGAUCAGCUGGAGGUUAUAUUGCUGGAAAAAAGGCUUUAAUCGAUCAUAUUCGUAUAUAUUCUCAUUCUGCAUGCUAUUCAACGAGUAUGUCUGCACCUGUUUGUUAUCAAAUAAUAUCUGCAUUAUCAAUUAUUAUGGGUCGAGAUGGUACUAAUGAUGGUCAACAAAGAAUUCAACAACUAGCUUGUAAUGUUCGUUACUUUCGUCGACAGCUUGUUGACAUGGGUUUCAUUGUUUAUGGUAAUGAUAAUUCACCUGUUGUACCUGUUAUGAUUUUUAUGCCAGCUAAAAUAGCAGCCGUUAAUCGAGAAAUGUUAAAACGUGGUUGCGCUGUUGUUACUGUUGGUUUUCCUGCAACAUUAUUAACUGAAUCACGUGUACGUUUUUGUAUUUCAGCUGGUCAUACAAAAGAAAUGCUUGAUCAUGCUUUAAAAGCAAUGGAUGAAGUUGGUCAUCUUGUUUCACUUCGAUAUUCGAAACAAAAGCCACAUCGUCGUUGGAUUGAACUUGAUCGAGCUGAUUAUGACAAAGAAUAUUUAUCUUAA